CAGAAAAUUUGCUUGCGUGCAAAGAAAGUAUAAAUAUUCGAAUCUUUGAAGUAUUACUAUAAACAACUGAGGCAACCGUGAGCUGACAAAUGGGCCUCUCUCUCAGUGGGAGAGUGAGAGAGAGGUAAGUGGAGACAGUCUCAGCCAGGAAGCAAGCGGCCAACAACACAUGUAGCAUAUCUCAUUGCAGAGAAAUGAGCUGGUUCAGAGAGUUUGAAAACACUGUCCUUUUGCUGCUGUCCUGCCACGUACGCAGUUUUGGUACGGGUUGAAUUUCAGGGCAUUGCUGCAAUUAAACAUAUAUAUAUAUAUAUAUGUUUACUGCUCAAAACCAACUGACAGAUAAAAAUCAUUUGGGGAAGAUAAGCAAUGGAGCUAAUCAACACUAAGAACCCCUCAUACGCACAAGAUGAGUCCUCAUCAGAGACACAGCCCACCAAAGCCAAGACCAAGUCUUUACUACUGCUCAAGAACUGCAGCAGCAACAUCAUCGUCCACCAUCAUCAGGAAAUGGUGGUUUCCUACAAAGAGUGCCUCAAAAACCAUGCAGCAAGCUUGGGUGGACAUGCCCUGGAUGGCUGUGGAGAGUUCAUGCCUAGCCCUACUGCUACCCCAACUGACCCUGCCUCCCUCAAAUGUGCUGCUUGUGGCUGCCACCGCAACUUCCACCGCCGUGACCCUUACGAUGGUCCUGCUUUCAUCCACCAUCUGCCACCGCCCCCUAAUCGUAGCUCAAGUCCAAGCCCAACCCAUAGCCCAGGUCGGAGCCCUAGCCCAACCCAUACUCCACCCUCGCCAGUCCCAUACUCCUACUACUCUUCUGCACCGCACAUGCUGCUGGCCUUGAGCACAGGCAACUCAGGGCCGUUGGAUGAGUACCAUCAUCACCUCAACCACUCGAAUCCGACGGUGGGCAGGAUAGAGAACAACAACAACAACAACCCAAGUGGGAGAAAGAGGUCAAGAACAAAGUUUAGCAAGGAACAAAAAGAAAAGAUGCAUGCUUUUGCUGAGAGGCUUGGUUGGAGGAUGCCAAAGAGUGAAGAAAGAUUGUUAGAAGAGUUUUGCAAUGAAGCUAGGGUCGACAGAGGAGUUUUCAAGGUUUGGAUGCACAACAACAAGAACACUUUUGGCAAGAAAGAGAUACUAGCAGUUGGUAAUCUCAGUCUUGACAACAACAGUAGUGGCAACAAUGAAGAUAAUGGAAAUGGCAAUGCUUUUGAUUCCAAUAGUGACAUCCACAACGAGGGUAGCAUUCAGCUUCAUGUUUCUACCAAUAAUGGGUCUUCUUCUUCUGCAUCGUAAUUUAGAAAAGAUUCUGAAAAUUUGAUAGAAAGCAGCAGGCUUUAGUGGGUACUUUUGUUGAUAUUUUUU